AUGGAGCAUCACAUGAAAGUCACGGGUAUUCAAGUUCAAGUAUUCCACACCCGGCCGAACAAACUGCGCCUUCAAGGACAAGCCUCCCUCGGACAUGCCAUCGUCUGCUCCAGUAACGAGGAGGGAAGCAACUGGUCACAGCAGCAAGUGACAGCGACAGCACCCACGCCAACGACAGAGGCGGCACCAAGGACCGGCUUACAAAAAAGGCACACACGGCAUCGGCAGCGGCAGUCGGCGACGGUGUUAUCUGGAGACAAUAACCACCUGACUCUGCAGAUUCCACACCCGGCCGAGGAAAGUACGCCUCCCUCGGACAAGCCUCCCUCGGACAAGCCUCCCUCGGACAAGCCUCCCUCGGACAAGCCUCCCUCGGACAAGCCUCCCUCGGACAAGCCUCCCUCGGACAAGCCUCCCUCGGACAAGCCUCCCUCGGACAAGCCUCCCUCGGACAAGCCUCCCUCGGACAAGCCUCCCUCGGACAAGCCUCCCUCGGACAAGCCUCCCUCGGACAAGCCUCCCUCGGACAAGCCUCCCUCGGACAAGCCUCCCUCGGACAAGCCUCCCUCGGACAAGCCUCCCUCGGACAAGCCUCCCUCGGACAAGCCUCCCUCGGACAAGCCUCCCUCGGACAAGCCUCCCUCGGACAAGCCUCCCUCGGACAAGCCUCCCUCGGACAAGCCUCCCUCGGACAAGCCUCCCUCGGACAAGCCUCCCUCGGACAAGCCUCCCUCGGACAAGCCUCCCUCGGACAAGCCUCCCUCGGACAAGCCUCCCUCGGACAAGCCUCCCUCGGACAAGCCUCCCUCGGACAAGCCUCCCUCGGACAAGCCUCCCUCGGACAAGCCUCCCUCGGACAAGCCUCCCUCGGACAAGCCUCCCUCGGACAAGCCUCCCUCGGACAAGCCUCCCUCGGACAAGCCUCCCUCGGACAAGCCUCCCUCGGACAAGCCAUCGUCUGCUCCAGAAACGAGGAGGGAAGCAACUGGUCACAGCAAAUGA